UGGGCCGGACGUGCGCGCGCGCUGAGUCUCUCAGUGCGAGUGAGUGAGUGAUACAGCAGGCACGCGCACAGAGCCGCGGGGUUUGGAUCCCACAAUGAACCGGGAAUUAAACCGGAAUGAAAUAAACCUGUUCGGGGAAGAAUGAACGCGUUAAAGCUGUAAGAUGGAGGAAGCAGAUCUGGAGUCUUACCUCAGCGCCAAGUUUCAUCUCUCAGCCUGUAUUUUCUGCUGGGCGCUGCUCAAAAUCUGCCAGAGGAGAUUACGCGCGUCUCCGGUCGUCUCGCAGACUCCAGCUGUCGAGGACUUCGCUACACGUGCUGCUCAUCCAGAAGAUGUCGACUCUCUCCAGGAGAAGAGCGCAGAAAGUCGAGAUGUUUGGAGAGAAUCAGCACUGGAAGAAGCUCAGGACAUGACUGAGGAGUAUUUUGAGACGUGCUCGUGGCACGGCGACGCUUCCUCGGAUUAUAUUGGAGAUCACGUGAACUUCUCUUCUCCUAAACGCUCCCCUGGCCUCAGAAAGCAGGACUCAGAAGGUCAGCAUGCGGUAGUUGGUGGUCCACAGCGGAACACGGAUGGAGAGGAACUCACGGUAGCAUUGGGAAGCGAGUGCAGCUUCCCAGACUCGGAUUCAGGAUGUGCAGUUCUCGAGGAAGCUGGACUUCCCUUUCUCUCACAUACCAGCGUGUUGGAUGCACCAAAAGACUCCGAUUCACAACUUUUUACAACUGGUGAGGAACUCCUGGUACAGGUGGAGGACAGCUGCGAUGCAGUGAUUUUGGAGGAUUCAGGGUGUGAUGAAGCUGCAAAUCAGUCACCAUCUGAGGAAGCUGGACUUCCUUCCAUCCUGCAGUCCAGCACAGCAGCAGAAGACUUAACUGGUUCGGAUUUAGUUGUUGCAAGCAGAGAUCUUGUGGAUGUUUCUUCUUCUAAAUGCCUCCGAAAGCUGGACUCUUCUUAUUCAGAAAGAAUGGAUGAUGUUCUCGAGAUAAACACUGGUGAAGAGCAACUCCUGGCACUAUUAUCCAGUGAGUCCAGUGUAAUGAUUUCAGAUCAUUCAGGGCAUCGUUCAUCUCUUGAGAUCGUGUCGGAGGAAGCUGGACUUCCUUCCAUUUCUCAGGCUACGUCUGAAGAAACCCUUACGCUGACUGACAGAAGUGAAGCAGCGCCGCGGUUAGAACAAACUCCUGAUUUAACCACAGAUCAUAGGAAAUGUUCUUCUCCUAGAAGCUCUCCUGACCUCAGAAAUCUUCAUUCAGGGUGUGAUGAAGUUCUAAAUGGUUCAUCCGUUGAGGAAGCUGGACUUCCUUUCAUCUCUCAGGCUAGUGUCUCUGUCCCAAAUUUGACGGAUUCACAACUUUUCACAAUUCCUCAAGAGAAACCUGAUCUGAUCUACAGAAGUACAUCAGAACCAGAGUUAAACAGCACUUCAGAUUUCACUGUUACAAGCAAUCACAGAGAUCAUGGGAUCUUUCCUUCUCCUAAAAGCUCUCCUGACCUCAGGAAUCUGGACUCUUCUCAUUCAGAAGGGAAGAACAGUGGUCUGGAGAUGAACACGGAUGGAGAGCAACUCCUGGAACCAUUGACAAGGGAGUGCAGGGUGAUCAUUCUCGAUCAUAAUGCUGCUGAUGUUUCAGCUGUUAGGAUUUUCUCCAAGGAAGCUGGGCUACCUUCCAUCUCUGAGGUUAGCGUAUCCGACCCGGAUGUGAUUGAUUCACAACUUUUUCCAACUUCCGUAGAGACACCUGUAGAGCUCACCUGUAGAAGUGAAGAAGCUCGUCAGUUAGAAAACACUUCAAAUUUAGUUGUUGCAAGCAACGAUCAAGUGGAUUGUUCUCCUAAACGUUCUCCUGACCUCAGAGACCUGGAAAACCUGGAGUCAUCUCAUUCAGAAAUAAAGAAUGAUGGUCAGCAGAUGAACGCUGAUGAAGUGCAACACAAAGUACCACUGGAAAAUAGUGCAGUAGUGGUCAGUGCAGUGAUUUUAGAUGAUUCAGAUGAUGAAGCUGCAAACUGGUCAUUUCUUGAGGAAGCUGGACUUCCUUCCAUCUUGCACACCAACACUGCAUCAAAAGACUUGACGGAUUCAGAACUUUUUACAACUGAAGAUACACUUACAUCUACUGACCAAACUGACACAGUGCUCCAGUUAGACAACGCAUCAGAAUCAGACGCCCCAAGCAGAGAUCUUGUAGAAUGUUCUUCUCCUGACCACAAACAUCUGGACUUAGUUCAUUUAGAAAUCAAGAAUGAUGGCGUUCAAUUAAAAACAGUCACAGAAGAACUUGUAGUACCUUUGACAGGAAACUACAGUGCAGUGAUUUUAGAUUCUUUAUCCUGUGACGAAAUUGUGGAUCCAUCAUCGUUUGAGACCUUGUCCAAGGAAGCUGGACUUCCCUUCAUCUCCCAGGCCAGCACGUCUGACACAGCUUUGAUUACUGACCAAACUGAAGCUGUGGCCCAGUUAGACAGACCUAGUUCCGAUCUAGACUUUGCACGUGAAGAUCAAUUUGAUUUCCCUUCUCCUAAAAGCUCUCCUGACCUCAGGGAUCUGGACUCUUCUCCUUCAGAAAGGAAGAACAGUGGUCUGGAGAUGAACACGGAUGGAGAGCAACUCAUGGUACCACUGGCUAAUGACUGCAGUGUAGUAACUGCAGAUGAUCUGGAGAAUGCAGAAAUUGUUAAUCGGUUAUCUUCUGAGGAAGCUGGACUUCCUUCCAUCUGUCAAGCUAGCGUGUCUGACACAGACUCAAUCGAUUCACAAAGUUUUACAGCUUCUACGUGCACACUAACCCUCACUGACCGAAGUGAAGCAGAACCCCAAUUAGAAACCUCUUCUGAUUUAGACCAUGUGGACUUUUCUUCUUCUGAACACUUUACUGACCUCAGAAACCUGGACUCUGCUCAUUCAGAAAGAAAGAAUGAUGGCCUGGAGGUGAAUGCGGAGGGAGAGGAACUCUCAGUACCUCUGGUAGGUGGCUGCAAUGCAUUUAAUUUAGAUGUCUCAAGGUGUGAUGAAGUUUUAAAAGGUUCAUCUCUUGAGGAAGCUGGAUUUUCAUCUGUCUCACAAGCUAGUGUAUCUCAUACAACAUCAAAAAACCUGACUUCUGAGGAGAUCCCUACAAUGAGAGACAAAAUUAAGGCCGAAUCCCAGUUAGACAGCACUUUUCAUUUAGAUGGUUCGAGAACAGAUCAUGGGAGUAUACCUUCUCCUACAAGCUCUCCUGAAAUCAGAAAUCUGGACUCGUCUUAUUCUGAAAGAAAGGGAACUGAUAAAGAGGAACUCGUGGUACCAUUAGCAAGUGAAUGCAAUGGAGAAGAUGAUGUUGAGAAUGCAGAAAUUGAUCAUUGUUUAUCUCCUGAGGAAACUGGACUUCCUUCACAGAAUGAAGGUCUGGAGAAGAACAAGGAUGGAGAGGAACUCAUUGUACUCUUGGACCCCAAUGCAGUGAUUUUAGGUGAUCCAGGGCAGGAUGAAGUUCUAAAUGGUCCAUCUCCUGAGGUAGCUGAACUUCUUUCCAUCUCUCAGGAUGGCACGUACAACACAGAUUCGAUCAGUUCACACCUUUUUACAUCUUGUAAACACACCCUUGCACCACCAGAUGGAAGUGAAGCAGAGCCUUCUUUAGAGAACGCAUCUGAUUUAACUGGUGCAAGUAGAAAUGAAGAAGAAUCAGAUAAUGUAAAUAAACUGGAGAAUCUCACUGUUCCUGAAUUAUCACAGAUAAUUUUAAGCACAAAUAUGGUAGAACAUCUGGGACAGAUUGAUGAAGCUAGGGUCAAACCUUCAGAGGUAAAUAGUAACAUAUUUGUGGAUCUAUCAGUAGAUGCGAAGAUGUUCGUAGAUCCAUUAAUGGGUGGAUGUCCUUGUGUUCAGUCUUCUGUCAGCUCUAGUCUUCAGUCUGAAGGUGUAACAUCACUCCAAAAGGAUCAGAGACACUUUUCCAAUCCAAACAUCAACAAGGAGAACUUAUUCGAAAGUUCUCCGUCUAUUAAAGACAGUGAUGAUUAUUCAGCAGAGGAAGAUUCCUCGAGUCCGUCGUGUGCUAACGGUUUUAUUCCAGAGCUUCACGUUCCAAUGAAUGAUGAACAAACUUUGGAUUUGGACAAUGAUCAAACUGAAAGGCGGUCUAAAAAUGUAGAUGAUUUGAUAAAUGUGCCGUUUCUGAACACUUUCAGUGUGAAGGAAUUCACGGUCAUACCCCAGAAAGAGCAGGAGGUCAUUUAUUCAGAUAACUCGGGUUAUAUCGACUCUUAUGUGAUGCCAUCUUCAGCUGGUAAAGAAUCACAACGUGUUCCCUUCGAUUGUGUUCGAGGAGAUGUUGUAGACAGCUAUGUAGGACAACUACCAGGUCCAGUUGAGGUUUUAUUCAAGGAAUCGACUCCUUUAGGUUCUCUUAACAUCACCAAAUUCACUAAACAGGUCCUGCAAGGAGACCAGGCUACGUCUGAGAAGGUCUGUGCGAAGGAGCAUGAAGCUAGUAUUUCAUAUGAUGAUUAUUGUAUGCAGGAAACAUCUGGCUUAAAAGCCUCACUGCAUUUUGAUGGUUCACAUCAUGGUUCAGACACAAACAAUAACACGAAGCAGCACACACCUGAGACACCUUGCACUUUACAUGCUCCUACACUAGAACAGGAACUCUGGAAUCAUGUGCAUCCAUCCAUGCAAGAUGGUCCCUCGAACGUCUUCUCAAAUUUAUCAAACAAUUCUGCCGGCUUCUUUGAGAUCUCUGAACGAGUCAUGAUGGAUUACAAAAGGGAUCAUUCAAAUCCACUUGAUGUAGAAGAUGCUUCUCAGGGGAAGAUGUAUGGUAAAGAGUGCCAGUUGGGGGAACACCAGGACGUCAUGGCAGAUCCUACUGUCCGUCCAGUCGCGGAUGCUCACCGUGGACUGAUUCAUUCCAGUUGUCAGAGCUCUGAGUUUUCAUACGCUCUUUCUAUAAAUGGACCUACAUGUCAGAAGAUCCUCCGAGAGCAAAGCCUAAUGCCUCACUCUGCCUCAAUCAGUGUUACCAGUGGAUCAGGAACUUAUGAAUCCGAAGCAGCACCUUUUUGUCCAGAUUCACUUCAGAUCCAGAGUUACCCUUCUAUAGAUGUUAGCACUGGCCUAGUAUCAGAUUUGGAGCCCAUUAUGGAGUCGGAGCACCCUCAGGAGAUCUCAGAGAGUUUGAAUGGAGAACUGAAGGAUCUUGUAUCAUCUGCGAAUGAGGACGAAUGCACCCCUUUACAAAGGGAUGAAAAUGAUGCGCUAUACAAUGUCGGGUCUAUGAGAGGAUUUUCUGAUAAACCAGAAGAUGUAGACACCACCUCUUGUCUGACAAACGAGUGUGAUGCUAAUGAUGAUGAUGAUGAUGAUGAUGAUGAUAUUCCCAAUUCCGCAUCUCCAGAUCAAGACUUUAUUACAACAAACAGUGAAGAAGUUGAAGAUCCCAGUCACGGCACAACAGGAAGCAACUCGAACUCCACUGGCAGCAGCCAGAGCUUAUUAAAGAACAAGGAGACCAAGAGCAUGUCUGCAGGGAAAAGCUCAAAGUUCUCCAGGUUCACAAGAAUCCCCUCCUUCCGCAAAAGCAAGAGAGAGAUCAAGGUUGGAAGCAAGGUUGAACCUGAGAGCAAAAUAUCUCCUGAGGUUGGAGAGGAGAGAAAUCAGACACCUAGUCAUAAUCCUACUGUAGAUCACUCGACAAAAUACGAGGAUCAAUCUAGUGAUGUGGUCUUGGGGAAAGCCCUUGGUGUAACCUGGAAUGAACAAUCCAAAUCCACGUCCAGCUCCAAGAAUACACAACAACAUGACAGUUACAGUGAGCGAGGGCAAACGAAACCUGUUCUUGAUCCCCAGAAGAAAAGCAAGAGCAGUGAUAACUUCCGCAUGAAGCUCGCACUGGCUCAGAAGUCUCUGUCGAGCUUGUUCGAGAUCCGAACUGCUGAAAAAGACCACCAACAGGAUCCCAGCGUUCUGAACCAGGAUACAAAAUCCAAGCAACCUUGGGUGAAGAGAAAAAUGUCUAAGGAUUCUGAGAUGCUAAAGAGAACUCUCUCUCUUCCUGGACCAAGUGGUGCCAAGUCUAGAUGUCGCCACCUGAGUGACUUAGUGUCUGGGUUAACCGAGGAUCGUCCGGAUCUUCAGGGAUUCCAGAGCUCCAAGGGGGAUUUUAAAAGCACAUCACACUCUGAAGCAUCAGUGUCUGGACCUAAGGCGGAGCCUGUUGAGAGGAAUACACUAUCUAAUGGCUUAGCUAAAAACUUUGAGGCUGUCCACAGUCAUGAGAACAUCUCGGAGAAACCCAUGCACCCUAGUGUUUUUGCUCUAACAAAUCAGCUAUCUCCAUCCUGGACAAGAUCCCUGGGUUCCUUUGAAGGACUUGAUACACCAACUAAGCCAAUGACUCCCAAACCACAAAAUCCUGGGGUUUGGGGCCAGAGGAGCAGCCUCCGCAACCCCUCAAAAUCCGUUGCCACCUCCCUGUGUUCUCUUGGUGAGGGUCCGAGUUUGGAGGGACUGUCAGAUCGUUCAGAAAGGCGAGUUGGGCAAAGAGCAACACGACUUGCGUCGGCUCAGUCCUUUGAGUCGGAGUACUUACUCGAAGACAUCAACUCGGACAACCGAUCUCAAACCAGCCUGGUGUCCACCAACUCCGCCACGCAGUCUGAGGAUGGUGGUACAUCAUCUCUCCAGUCAUCUUCGUCCGUGCUCCGUGUCAGAAGACGCGAUCGGCGUGUGGUCCGACCCAGACCGGUCUCUGACCUCUGCAGCUGGACUUUACCUCUGCGGGAAAUCGGAGAGACGGCGGCCGGUGCGAUUCAGGAGAGGAACGUCACAGAUAAUUGGACGGCUAAGGCGCAGAAGAGAUCGUGCUCAGAUGAGCUGCUCGGGGAGUUCCAGGAAGUGCAGAAGACGAAGGUGAUGCUGCAGAGGAGCCUCGGGACGCUGAGCACCACAUCUGAAGAGCAGCAGAAAGUACAGAUGAGACUGUCCUUCACUUCUCCACAGCAAUUGUCCUCCACCUCUCUUAAAGACCACUUCUUCUCUCAGAGCACUCCGAUUGGACUGGACUGUCUCCACUGGCCACGCCCAGUUUCAUUCUCAGAGUCGUGUCUCGUCCGACCUUCAGAGCACACACUCGCGCAGCCGGCCGCUCUCGACACAGCAGCAGAUUUGGGAGUCAUUAGGGGGGUGAAAGCGAUACGAGGGGUCAUGUCUCAUUACUGGAGCCUAGAAAGUCUACACUCCACCAACGCGUUGGUGAUCACUGAUGGACCUCAGGAUAAAUCGGGUCUGGGUGAUGAGGUGGGCAGUGAAGACGAGCUGUACAACGACUUCCACAUUUCUGCCAACCGCUUAGGAGGAGGAGAACAACUCGCCAUUAACGAGCUGAUCAGCGAUGGCAGUGUGUGCGCCGAGGCUCUGUGGGAUCACGUCACCAUGGACGACCAGGAGCUCGGCUUCAAGGCCGGAGACGUCAUCGAGGUGGUGGACGCCACCAAUAAAGAGUGGUGGUGGGGACGAGUGCAGGAGAGCGAGGGAUGGUUCCCCGCCAGCUUCGUCCGGCUGCGUGUGAAUCAGGACGAGCCCCUGGAGGAUGAUGUAAUCCAGGGGGCGGUGGAGAGCGGGGGGGCGGGGGUGGGCGGGUCGUGUGGGCCCGGGUUACCGUGUAAAGAGCAGAUGAGGGCGAACGUGAUUAACGAGAUCAUGAGCACGGAGAGAGACUACAUCAAACACCUGAAGGACAUCUGUGAGGGCUACAUUAAACAGUGCCGUAAGCGGACCGACAUGUUCACAGAGGAGCAGCUCAGGACCAUCUUCAGCAACAUCGACGAACUUUACCGCUUCCAGAAGAAAUUUCUCAAAGCGCUGGAGAAAAAAUACAACAAAGAGCAACCACACCUGAGCGAGAUCGGCUCCUGCUUCCUGGAGAACCAAACGGAUUUUCAGAUUUACUCGGAGUACUGUAACAAUCACCCCAACGCCUGCGUCCAGCUCUCCAGACUGAUGAAGAUGAAGAAGUACGUGUUUUUCUUCGAGGCUUGUCGUCUGCUGCAGAAGAUGAUCGACAUCUCGCUCGACGGCUUCCUGCUCACACCUGUGCAGAAAAUCUGCAAAUAUCCACUGCAGCUCGCCGAGCUCCUCAAAUACACCAACCCUCAGCACAGAGAUUAUAAGGACGUAGAAGCAGCGCUGAACGCGAUGAAGAACGUGGCGCGGCUGAUCAACGAGAGGAAACGACGCCUGGAGAACAUCGACAAAAUCGCUCAGUGGCAGAGCUCCAUCGAGGACUGGGAGGGUGAGGACGUUCUGAGUCGGAGCUCUGAUCUGAUCUUCUCAGGAGAUUUGACCAAAAUCUCUCAGCCUCAGGCCAAAGGUCAACAGCGCAUGUUCUUCCUGUUCGAUCAUCAGCUGGUCUUCUGCAAAAAGGACCUGCUCCGGAGGGACAUUUUAUAUUAUAAAGGACGUCUGGACACGGACCAGAUGGAGGUGGUGGAUGUAGAAGACGGAAAAGAUAAAGAUCUGAACGUGACGGUGAAGAACGCGUUAAAGUUGAUAUCUCCGGACGGAGCAGAGAUUCAUCUCCUGUGUGCUAAAAAACCCGAGCUGAAGCAGCGCUGGCUCCGAGCCUUCGCCGAUGAGCGGCAGCAGGUCCGACACGACCGAGACACGGGAUUCUCCAUCACAGACGUGCAGAAGAAGCAGGCCAUGCAGAACGUGUCCAAAAAUCCUCCAGCUGGAAAACCUAAAGUGGUGACUCGUCCGUAUUACGACCUGCUGUUGCGCCAGAAGUCGCCGGCGUUGCCCCAGCAGGUCAUCAUGCUCGCCGAACCCAAGCGCAGAAACUUCUGGCACAACAUCGGCCGCCUGACGCCGUUCAAGAAGUAGAACCGGAACAGGACGUGCUGCGGCGUGCGCUUCACUUUACUACUAAUCAUUAAUCUCCUCCAGCCGGCAUGUGCACAUCAUGGGUUUAUAUGCGAUAUACUGCGCUGUUUACAGCGCACGGUACCCACAUCGUCCGUAUUUCAGCUCUGUCCUGAGGGCGGAGGAACCACGCCCUGACUGCGUCGCAUGUGUCCUUCUCCUCGUGCCUGAAUUUGUGCUUCUGUUCGAGAAUAACUUUUUUGUUUUACGUUUCAACGUAAAUGCACUUUACGGGUCGGUCACGAUCGAGACUGAAAAGGAGCCGGCCGUCUGUGUGUCAUGAUUAGCAUGACGGCUAGUUCUGCUAACACACGGCUAACGCGACUACUGCUGCACGUCAUCCGACAUGCUUCUGUUACAGUCCUGAAUGGCUUUUCUAAAUUUAUUUUCACGUCCAAAACUGGAUUUUAUACGUCAUUUGAUACUGUGUGUGUGUGUGAUGAUACUGUUGUGUUGAUGUUAUCAGAAAAAGGGUUAAACAUCGUUUUAUUACUGUAUUCUUUUUAUUUUUAAAGUGACAGUUUAGCCAAAAAUGAAUUGUACAUGAACAUCCUGAAUUUAUUUAUUUAUUUCUGCCUGAACUGUCACGUUCAUGUUUUCAGGUUUGUGCCUCGUCCUCGUUUGCAUAAUAACUCGUCUAGAAACUCCUCUGAAGUGCCGCUCGCAGUAAAAACAAACGGAGUGGCCUGAACAUGAACUGCUGUGAAAGCCGCCGUUGUUGGACGUUUCCGACCCGAAUGAGUGACCCGCUCGCUCAGUGUAAAUAUAAAUAAAGGGGUUUCACUGAUAAAACAGUGUUAUAAAGAUAAAUAAACUGUUUAACGACGUA